UCUCGCAUGCUACUCGAGAAAGAGGAAAACAACAGAGUGAUUCUGCGAGAAAGAGAGAGAGAGAGAGAGAGAGAGAGAGAGAGAGGGGGGAACAGCAAGCCAAAAUAACAAAGACGGAAGAAAAGUGAGAGAUAACAAGAGAAUAUUCCGGACGAGACAAAGGAGAGGAGAGUGGGAAAUUAAACCCUGGAGAAAGGAGGGAGUGAAGAGUUGUUGUGAUUUCGCACAUUUUGAUCAACUCUCAAAUAUCGUUUUAUUUGUUCUGCAGGGACACAGGGAGGACUUAUAAUGACGACCGAAAUGCAAGAGAUUGCCAUCAUGGAGGACAAGCCUUUACUUACAGGUCAAACCGACAGCGUGAAGGAGGCUGAGAUCGCAGCCAGAAUAUUGUUGGAUCGUGGUCAGGAGUACAAUAUUGAGACCCCACAUGGUUUGAUUCAUGUGACGCUGCACGGCACAGGAAGCACCCGUCGGCCAGCUAUACUGACCCUUCAUGAUGUGGGAAUGGACAGUAAGAGCUGCUUCUCUAGUCUCUUCAAGUUUGAGGAGAUGCAGGAGAUUGUGAAGAACUUCACAGUGGUUCACGUAGACGCCCCAGGACAAGAGGAGGGAGCUCCACCCUAUCCUACUGGGUAUCAUUAUGUCUCCAUGGAUCAGCUCGCAGAAAUGAUCCCAUCGGUCGUACAGUUCUUCAAUUUCCGUACUGUGAUCGGAGUCGGAGUUGGAGCAGGGGCGUAUGUCCUUUCAAAGUUCACACUUAAAAAUCCAGACUCUGUGGAAGGUCUCGUUCUGAUAAAUAUUGACCCGAACGCUCGUGGCUGGAUGGACUGGGCUGCCCAAAAGCUCAGCACACUGACUUCCUCGAUUGCUGACCAGAUCCUUGGUCACCUCUUCAGUCAGGAGGAAACUUCGGCCAACACUGAGCUCGUCCAGGCACACAGAGGGAGGAUCUCUGCAUCCUCCAACCUGACGAACAUCGACCUCUUCUGGAAGAGCUACAACAACCGCAGGGAUCUGAACAUCGAUCGCAGCAACACUCUUAAAUGUCCCGUCAUGCUGGUUGUAGGGGAUCAGGCUCCAUACGAAGAAGCUGCAGUGGAGUGCAACAGCAAACUGGACCCAACAACAACCUCAUUCCUAAAGAUGGCUGAUGCUGGCGGGAUGCCACAACUCACCCAGCCCAGCAAGCUGACUGAAGCAUUCAAGUACUUCAUCCAGGGAAUGGGAUACAUGGCAUCCUCCUGCAUGACCCGUCUGUCCCGCUCACGCACCACCUCUCUCUCUUCAUCCUACUCCCUGGAGGGCUCUCGCUCACGAUCGCGCACUCUCUCCCAGGGCUCUGUAGGUGGAAACAUGCCCUCAAGCCCCUCCAACACAAUGGAGGUGUCCUGCUGAACAGCAAGAGAAAGAGAACCAGAUAGAGAGAGAGAGAGAGAGAGGUGGAUGGAUGGAUGGGUAGAUGGAUAAGUGGAAAGCCACUACUAUUGAGAGGGUCAUAGCAAUCAGUCAUAUCCAUUCAUCAAAGUGUAAAGCAAGAAAGGAAGAGAGAGAAAGAGAGAGAGAGAUACUCCUCUUACCAAACUAAAUCUCAUUCUCGUGUAUAAUUCGCUCAUCCCAUACUUGGGGAAGUGAGAGAUUCUUAAGGAAAGUGAGCUGAAAACAAGUGACAUGGGGAGAGAGGGAAACAAACAAACAAACAAACAACAAUCCAUCUCUCCAUCCCUCUGUCAGCUUAACAUCUGUGGUGCAGGUAGGGGCCUGUAGAGAGACCCAAGAUGUAGUGAUAACCAAUAGUAAUACUUCUAAUAUAGAAUAUUAAUGAUAAUUAUCUAAAAAAGUAAUGACAAUGUAAUUAAAAAAAAACAACAACAAUUCACUUAAUUACAUGUUGAACAAUAGAGGAAAAAAAAACACAAUAGAGUAGCAAUACUCAUCAUAUGUCUGUUGAAUUCUUUUGCUAUACUAUUUGGUGUGUUUGGAGUGGGGUUUUUUUUAAUGAAUUUAUUUGUAAUAGUCAUGUGACUCUCCUAUAGGGCCAUGGCAACAGGUGUUGGAUAAAUACCAAUGUCUUUCGGUGUCAGCCAGCUCAUGUCUUCCAUUUGACUUAUUUGAAAACGAAAAUAAGUGGGGAAAUGGUAAAUAUGGGAACCUGGGUGUUGAAAUGAAAGAUUAAGACAUUAGGAUGUUUGACUGCUCCAAACUGCAUGGUAUAAACAGACAAAACCGGUGACGUGUUAAGCUUCUGCUAUCUUUUUCCUUCUUUUUUUUUAUUUCGUCAGUGUGGUUGUAUCCCAAACGCUGAGUGUUUGACUAAAUUCAUUCAAGUAACAACUUGUUUAAGCUGAUGUGGGAUCUACAUCCAGCAGCACAAUAAGCUGAAGCCUAACUGCACUUAUACUGCCUAACACAUGCCUCGAUGCACUUCCAAUUCCAGAGAAAACAACAAUGGCCCUUAUUCAGCAAAGUUGCAUGAAGUCAAGCGCACAUGGAUAGACAUAGGAACAAAUCUGUAUCUGAUUCAUGAAUCCAUCUCAUGAAUUGUGAUUUGAAUUCAAUAGAUGAAUCAACUGCAAGACCUGCUUUUCCAAUCUCGUCCACAAUUGGUGAAGGGAAUCUGUUUAAAAAUUAGGUUUUAAUUCAGUUUCAAGCAGUUAAGAUUGAACUAAAUUCAGGUUUUUUUUAAAGCUCAGUGUGUGUAUAUAUAUAUAAUAUAAUAUAAUCUGAGAGCAGUUAUUUGCAAUAAUCAAGUGAUAUAAAAUUAUUAUAAUAAAGAAAUUUGAAAGUUUUUUUUAAUUAGCCAGUGCAUGCGUUUCUAAGACGCAUCCACACAUCCAGGUCAAUGUUUUAUUCUGCCUCCUGUCCACAAAUGCAUUACUGUUACACAAAUGAAGGUCUAAUGAGCUGAAAAAGAUCAGCGUCUGGCGCAGUGAAUUACAUUUCCAUUCGCAAAGUCGAUGCUAAGCCCCAUUACCUGUAUUUUCCUACUGACAACUUUGAGUCAUAUAAUUGAUAAUAGAAUCAAUCUUUCCUUAUUUAAAUGCAAAGCAGGCAUUUUUCAGGUUGUAAAAAAAUUCUGCUCAUUUUCAGACAUGAGUUUCGUACAAAUACGCCAAAGAUGAAACUGACGAAUAAGGAAACUUAGGAACUUAGGCCUUGUCCAUUUUGUGUGCUUAUAUUACUAUCAGUUUUGACUGGUUGCAGCUUUUAUGAAUAAGGGCCAACAUGAACAUUGGAAUUUUUGGAAUAAAUGAUCUUACAAUAAUUGAUGUUAUAAAGUAGUUAAGGCACUAACCUUGUUAGAAUGUAGUUAUAUAUAUUUUAGAAUUUAGGACAAAGGUACAGUUUCUCAAAUGAAAUGUUGGAAAACAUUCAAUAUAGGCUUUGUUCAGCCAAGUUAUGUCUCAUGAAUGAAUAAUAGCUCCAAAAAACAAUGAUGAUUUCGAUAGCGAAGAUCUGCCAGCAAAUCCACUGCCACCAGACUGUUACUACUAAUACAGAGCAUCAAAUGAUGCCGAACUGAAUCAGAACUGCUAAUCUUUUCAAGCUAUUCCUCAGCCAAGUAAAAACCUCUGUUGUGUGUUGUCAUUGUGUGCAUGGACAGCUUUUCUACACACCAAUUUUGGAUCUGAAAAGUAAUCAAACUUCAGUCUUACAACAGUAUACUAAUUAACUAGCUCCUUCCUAAAAGCCUCUAAAGGUUCAGAGGAAGCUAAAGUUUACCCACUACAAACAAACCUAGCCAUAUCUUUAUCCAGAGAGACAAAUCACAAGCCAAUACAAAUCAGACCAGCACUGUUUUUUUUUUUGUUUUGUUUUGUUUUUUUCCCCAUUUGCAACACUUUGUGUUGUAGGAACCGUGAUAAUCAGCACAGCACUGCCCUAAAAAAAACAAAUCGUCAGACAAUUUAUUGUUGAAAUGACACAGAAUCCUGUCGUGUAUUUGAUAGGCUACAUUUGUGUACUUGUCAUAUGCAGCCAAAUCCCACUAAAACUUGAGGCCUUGUUUCCAGUACUGUUUUUAGCACAUCUUUGGCGACAUCAUUAAUUCCUCAGCAUUUGCCUUGAGAAAAUUCUAAUCUUAAGGACUUGUUGGUGUUGAAUCUGUUCUCUUAUUGAACACUAUUGCUAGCAAUGUCCUCCUGCGAUGUCAGCAUGGGACACAAUACAAAAAACACUCGCCAACAAAUUAGCACCAGGAAUGUGGAGCACACCAAAUAUUACAAUAUUUAAGAUAUUUUUUGAGUGAUGAAACAUCUUGAGUGAUGUUUGUUAAAUGGAGGUCCAAAAAAGGAUGUUUUUAAUUGUUGAUUUCAAACAUUUUUUUUAAUGUAAUAGUAAAGAAAGCCACUGUUACGCCCUUGUUUUCCGCUUGUGCUGCAAAUGGUCAGUGGUGGUGUCCCACCACUUUUGAAUGGUGAGGGGAAAGUCAAAAACAGUAUCGAAACACAAAGGUUGGAGUUUGUGUUGAGUCUUUUUUUGAUUUAGUGUUGAAAGUUGGAGCAGAAGAACAUUAGUUGCUGAAAUGUAUAGAAACGGCACAUGGUGGUGUUGAGUAAAUUGCUAAUAGAGGAAUACAGGUAAAGGUGUUUAAUACAGAUCGAGUGCAUUUGCAUUGCUGGAUAAAGGCUUUACCAAAAAUAGAAAAGGGAAAUGUCUGAUAUAGUUUACUCUGGGGUGGUUAAAAAGGGGAGAAAAAAAAAAAAGGAAGCGUCAGUGUCUGAGCCGGAGCUGUGUUAUUGUUCUUCCACGUUAUAUUUUGUUUUUAUUUCACUUAUUUCCCCCUACCUACCGUUGAUACCCUUUUAAAUGUUCAAUCCUCCCUGUUUUUUCUGUUGUAAUUAGGUUACUGUCUCACUGUUCUCACAGGUUAGACAUCAGUGUGCUAGUUCUUCUGUAACCUUUUUUAGCAUUAGAAUGUAAAAAGGGGGAAUUAACAUUAUUAACAAAAAUAUAUCAACAUACAAUCCAAGUUUCUUGUGUGGCUAAUUCUGUGUAAUACUAUGAACAACCGAAACAAGGUAUUAAUAAAAAGGAAGUAAACCA